AGUUGAGAGAAGUGCUGCUCACAGUAAAAUAGGACAAGUUGACGCAUGUGUGGGAGCUUACAGAAAGGCGGAAUAACCGCAGACACAAUAGGCUUGGUGCAGUUGGUAAACGGUACAGUUUUAUUGAUCCGGAGAAGAAAACAGGAUCUCGGUGAAGACGGGAGGAAGAGAUUCAAACUGCUAUCUGUUUCCUGUGGGGGGGUGUUUAUUUAUCCGCCCUGCAACCUCAACAAGAAAACGCAGCCUUUGCGGAAUAGUCACAUUGAAGACGACACGUGUGGAUGCUUAACCACAUGUUUCCUGGGAGGAUUGCGGUCUAAUUGUUGUCUCCACAUUUUAGAGUUAUUUUGAGUGUAAAGCUCUUAGGUACAUAUUUUCUUCUCUCCUCCUGGAUCUGCUGUAGUGAUGUCAGAGUUUGGUGUCUCUGCAGACUGUGACCCCAGUCGACCACCGGGGCGGACAGAGGACAUGUUGAAAGACAGCCAGGAGAACAGGACUUUACUGAUGGUUGCAAUGAUUUUAUUGGACUUGAACAAAUGCAAUCCAAACGCUGUGAGCUCUGGAGAGAGCAGAUGUCUCGGAGGCAGCGACGUCGGAGCGCAGGAGAUGAAGGAUGAGCGGGGGAGUUUCCGGUUGAACGCCGGGGACAACCGGGGCUCGGUGGCACCCAAACAGCCCCGGAGCAAGAGGGCGGCGGCGAGGCAGGAGUCUCCCGAGAAGAGACACUGCUGUCCUUUCACAGGCUGUGGGAAGAUGUACGGAAAGUCGUCCCACCUCAAAGCCCACCUCAGGGUCCAUACCGGUGAGCGCCCCUUCGAGUGCACCUGGCCAGACUGUGGGAAGAAGUUCUCCAGAUCAGACGAGCUGACGCGUCACUACCGCACACACACAGGCGAAAAGCGCUUCAACUGCCCAUUGUGUGACAAGUGCUUUAUCAGGAGUGACCACCUGACUAAACAUGCCCGGCGACAUGCAGGCUUCCAUCCCAGCAUGCUCCAGGGCUCCAGUGCGGCUAAGAGACGCCGCUGCUCCGUGUCUGUGUCCUCCUCUGACUCUGGAGACCAAAGCCCUGUUGGGGUGUAAGACACACCUGCACCACUGUACAUAUACAGUAUAUACAUAAAGGUACAUGCAAUAGAUACAAAGACAUACACAAACAGACACACCCAUAUGUUUGGUGUGGCACCUUUACGCAAAUCCCUUCAAAUCAAAAAACUCCAUGUCAGACCACUUUUAAAGGUUUUUCUAUGCAUGUAACAGAAACAUACGUUUAAACGUGACUGUAAUCAAAAUAGAACUAGAUGUCUUAUUCCCUGAGGUGGUAUUAAUUGAACGUUAUCCAGGGUCUGUCAAACAGGUUCUAGUUGCCAUUUGUAAUUAUUUUACUAUAUGUUGUGUGAGUUUUUUCCCCCUGCAACCCAAGAGGCAUUCAUGUACAUAUAUAGUUUCCAUUAACACUACAUGUGAUUACAGACUUCAUCUGCAGGUGAAGACAUGAAAAAGGAAUCAUUACUGAGAUAUUCCUAAUGGGUUAAGAAGUUUUGGGAAUAGCCCUUUAGUAAAUAUUAUUGUUUCACAUAAAGACUCAUUUUUGUACAGUUAAUCUUCAAUCCAAGACAAGGCAAAUGUACAGUAUAGCAGUGUUAUCAUGUAAAUAGAUUAAACAGAUUAACUUUCUGAUGAAUGAUAUACUGAGUAGUUAAGUGUUAUUAGAGAGGAAUAAGACAAAGCUAUAAUAUGGAGAAUUGCAGAGCUUGGGUAUUUAAUUUCAUAUAUUUGGCGAUGGACUCAGUAAAUGAGUUAUAAUAUGAGUUUAUAAUUUACAGUUAGUUUCUUGUGUUGAGCAUAAACGUUGUCAUACCUUGAUAAAUUGCAAAUUAUUGUACCUACGUACUUUUGCAGUUCUUUGGCAAGACCAUAGCAAACCUCAUGGGAAAAUACAUGUCGACAUUGCUUUUCGAGGCUCAAAUUAUAUAACUAGUGCAGGAAAACACAACAGGGUAAACCUUUUGAAAGGUUAAGUUGUAGACUUUACUUUUUCACUAUUCAAUGUUGACUGUAAUGAUACACGUUCAGUUUGUAAACUGAUAACAAGGAGGUCUGUGCCUUUUGAAGGGUUUUCUAGCAGAGCGGAAUUUCUACGUUUUCAAUUACCUGAAUGGACAUUGCCAGAUUCUUUAUGUUGAUAUUCAAUGAUUCUUUGAAUAUCAAUGACUGUCUCUAAUGCCAACAGUGCCAGUUGCUGUACAUUGAAACUAACUUUUGUUAACUCUGUAUCUGGACUGCAUUUUAUCAGGGAAUAAUGUUGGUCAUUUAAAUCAAUAUUACACCCUCUGGUGGUAACAUGGAAGCACAACAUUUCUCACAACAAAAAUCACCAAACCUCUUUUUUUAUUUUUUGUGCUAGCAUUAUGAACCAGGCUCUGUUGAUUAGUUUGUGAUCAAUGAAUUCCAUCACGUAGCAUGUUUGUAUUUUUUUGGUGCAAUGUAUUUUUUUAUUUGUCUGGUAAUCUUUUAUAAUAAUACUAAUACAGUAAGAGGUCUUAUUUGUCCACUACAGAAACAUUGAUGUCACUAGUUUUCUUUUUAUACUUGCCACUUUUAACGCAUUAAAACAUCUGGAUAGAGUGUAAAGUUAGGUGUAGUUAACCUCGUAGGACACAGACUUAAUACAUUUGAAAAAGUGAAAUGCUGUUUUUCUUUUCUGGCAUUAAAACAACUGUGAUUAGAUGUUGGUGCCUUUCAAGUCGAAGCCCUUUUACUCCUGAUGCUACUGUACUGUAAUCAGGGACUGUUUACACAGACCCAAUGUUAUUGCAAUAUACAUAGCCGUGUAAUAAUAACCGUGCAAAAGUUUUAACAUUAAAAUUAUUUUUCUUUCUAAA